AUGGCGGAGUUCGCCCGGUGCGGCCUGGAAGACUCUUUCAAGCCGUCCUACUGCUCCGUGCGAGGCGUUGACUGCGACGGCCGCGGCAUGAUCAACGCGCUAGACCUCAGCAGUCGCUCUCUUGCCGGCUGCAGCAUCCCCUACAGCAUCAGCAAGCUCACUGCCAUGACCAAACUGUACGACUCCCUCUCACCAUCACCCCUUGUCCCUCUCACCAUCACCCCUUGUCCCUCUCACCAUCACCCCUUGUCCCUCUCACCAUCACCCCUUGUCCCUCUCACCAUCACCCCUUGUCCCUCUCACCAUCACCCCUUGUCCCUCUCACCAUCACCCCUUGUCCCUCUCACCAUCACCCCUUUUCCUUCUCACCUCCUCCCUCUGCACAUCGCCACAAGUGCCUUCGGGGUUGCUUGUAUUUCGCUUCCAUCUAAGUUCCUUCUCCGUGUUACCUGUCCACGUGGCAGUAAAGAAUGA